AUGUCGGACACGAAGCCAGCCAAUACCGCAACCCCUGAUCUGGGAUUCCUUUCUCUCCAUCCUUUCGUGCCCGCAGUUGUGCAGGACAAAAUCAAAGGGACAAUCGUCGGAUCCGCGUUGGGCGACUGUAUCGGUCUAUACACAGAAUUCUUGUCAAGCGAAUUGGCGCGCGAAGCGUAUCCCGACGGCAAAUUUCGACUUGCAAAUCCAGCUACUAAAUUUCGAAAUGAUGGCCACAGAAACAAAUUCGAAAUCGGAUCUUGGACGGAUGACACGGAUCAUGCUCUCAUGAUACUCCUCUCCUUUUUACACCACGAUGGCGAAACACUCUCAGCGAAUGACCUGGCACACCGGCUGCUAAUCUGGGUAGAACAGGGUUUGCGAGCGCUGAAUAGACCACCGCUUGGACUGGGGAGGACAGUAGGAUCGGUAAAUGGUUUCCCCCAGCAGAAUCCCCCUGAAUUCGUUGACAAAUCUGGCAGGAAAGUCGCACCUAAUGGCUCGUUGAUGCGAACCCACCCACUUGGUAUCAUAUGCGUUGGAUAUAGCUUCGAGGAAACUUGUCGCAUUGCCACGGACUUCUCUCUCGUCACUCAUGCGGAUCCUAGAUGUGUCGUUGCAUGUUGCAUAGCCACUGGACUGGUCAGGGGCAUACUAAGAGGCGAAAUAUUGGCCGAAGUCGAUGUCGACAACAUGAUUGAGCGUGUUUAUGGGUGGGUUGACAGAUGGACUAGAAGCCGUCAAACGGAGCCCAAGGAUUUGGAGUCAAACGAUACAUCAGAAUUUGAAGGCGGUGAAUUGCUCGAUCAGCAGGAGUUUAGCAAACACGUUCAAGCACAAACUUUUGAAGAACUUCAGUUGGAUGACUCGAUGAAAAUAGGUUAUGUGUACAAGUGUCUGGGAGCAGCAAUCCUCAGUCUACGCAUGGCGAUGCGUCGAGCACCAUUUAAUACAGUGGUAGCCGGCAAACACACGGACACUCUGCCUUCGGCGAUAUUCGAAAGUAUCAUAACUGAGCUUACCCUUGCUGCUGGAGAUGCAGACACCAAUGCCUGCGUCGCCGGUGCUUUCUUAGGUUGCUGGUUUGGAUAUAACGCACUCCCACCGCACUGGCGGGAUGGUAUGCAGCACUUUGACUGGUUGACCCACAAGUGCAAUGGGCUUAUUGAAAUUCUUCAAAUAAGUCGAGAACCCGAAUCAAAAUACAAGGGCAAAGAAGACCCGGACACGCGUCCGGAUGGCGGGAAAGGAUUGAUGGAUAGGGAAGAACUACAGAAACGAGAUUGCCAUUUCAUGCUCAGGUAUAUGGCAAAACACUCAGAAGGAGCUGAGGAGGAGAAGGCCAGAUUGAAGCAGGAGAAGAAGCCGAAGCAAAAACGCUGGACAGGAAUAUUUGGGGGGAAAUUCAAGGAAUAA